AUGUUCAGAUACGCCCGUAUCAACGCAACAGGGUCGUGGCUGAGCCCACCCCCAACGUACUGCCAGGUUUUGCGCAGCUGCGGGUCGAGUGCCAACGUCUCGAUCGAAGGGUUGGUGAAGGGAGAAGACCACCCUUCCGCUGUGGAGAGAACUGCUGCCGCGGCCGAGGAGAUUCCGGGGGGUGCUGUUGGCCAAUCCACUCGGCCCAUCGGGGCAGGUCUCUUUCCCAAUGUCGACGUAGGAGUUGUCCGAGAGAUAGCAUCCAUCGAUGGCGAUGUCCCAGUGCCGGGUGAACAGCUGCGUCAUCCCUUCCCACGUGUGGGCCUUGGUCAGCGUCUUGAGGUUUUUGCCUUGGACGAGGAUGGUCAGGUCCUUGAACUGUUGGAGCCCCUCGCGUUCGAUCGUCUCUUGAAUCGUCGCCCAGACGAGGGACAAAGCCUCGGGUGGAAGGAAAUAGAACAGCAGCUGUUGGCGGGCAGCGGGAUCCACUCGCUGCGAGCGUGUCUCGAGCCCCCGCGCCGUCGCAUUCAGACGGCUGUGGUCGAAGCUGGAUGGAUAAUGCUGGACCAGGGAGCCCUCGUAGUGUUGGUAGAUGGCUGGAAGGAGACACUGGUCCAUCCAAAUCCGAAAGUCCUCAUCCCGCAGACGGCUCGAUUGCUGCUCCUCCCGGAAGAGUCGUGGGAACAGGAAGUAGAUGGAGAUAUCUUCGAAUCCGACCAAUCGACCAAACGUGUAGUGUGGGAUCAUAUGCACGGGUCGGCGAACAUGGUGCAUGCGCCCAUCGCUUCCAGAAUAGUGGACCAGGAGAGGAUCAAGAUGGAGGCCGGAACGAAGAUCAGUGAUGGCCAUCUGUGUUGGGUUCCAACGGACUCCCAGUUUGGCCACCGCGAGGCUACUCGCAAAGCCGACAACACUGUCAAUAUCGAGGGUGACUCCGGCUGGACGUUGCGUCUCGUGGUCUGCGGCGAGGCAGACAUGGACCGGAUGAGCGUCAGAUGUAGAUGA